AUGAGGAAACAAAAUUCAACUCUCAUAGACAGUGAAGAUAGUACAAUUGAAAAUGGAAGUCAAAAGGAGGAGUUACCAGCAUCUGAAGUGACUAAGAUUCAUAGAGUCCAGUUAUGGUCAACCAUAAGGUCAUCUCUUCAUAUUAUUGAGGAUAUGAUGAGUGCCCGUGUAAAGAAGAAAACUGCAUCAGUAAAAGAUGAAAGAAACAAGAAUGGUGUUUCAAAAGACGAGAAGAUCGCUGAAACUGAGAAAUCACUAUCUCAUUCUGAUGAUGCUAAAUCACCAAAAGGAGCAUUUGAGGAAGACUCUGAGGACGAGUUCUAUGAUGUUGAAAGGUCCGAUCCUAGUCCAGAUUCUCCUCGUGUUGAUGGCUUGAGUACCUCUGCAAAUGGGAUUGCUGCUGAUGCUGCACCACUGCAGGUUCCGUGUCCUUGGAUAGAAGAGUUGGAAGUUCUUGUUCGUGGGGGAGUGCCAAUGGCACUUAGGGGAGAGCUCUGGCAAGCUUUUGUGGGUGUCAAAGCAAGACGAGUAGACAAGUAUUAUCAGAAUCUACUAGCCUCCAAUGGUGAUUCUGAAAUUAAAAGUAAUCAUCAAAACUUGCAAUUAGAUGACAAUGAUGGUAAAAUAAAUGCAGAACUCAUACAUGUACCAGAAAAAUGGAAAGGACAGAUUGAGAAGGAUCUGCCACGGACAUUUCCUGGUCAUCCUGCUUUGGAUGAGGAUGGUAGAAAUGCUUUGAGACGAUUACUUACUGCAUAUGCUCGACACAAUCCCUCUGUUGGUUACUGCCAGGCAAUGAAUUUUUUUGCUGGCUUAUUGCUGCUUUUGAUGCCUGAAGAAAAUGCCUUUUGGACCUUAAUGGGCAUUUUAGAUGAUUAUUUUGAUGGCUAUUUUUCAGAGGAUAUGAUAGAGUCUCAGGUGGAUCAACUUGUUUUUGAAGAGUUGGUGCGGGAGAGGUUUCCCAAAUUGGCCAAUCAUCUGGAUUAUCUAGGAGUGAAGGUUGCAUGGGUUACUGGACCAUGGUAUCUUGAUUAUUUAUAUUAUUAUAAAUGA